UGGCCCAAGCGUGGUCCCAUUUUGCCCGAUCGGUGGCGCUUGUCAUGAAAAUUGAAGCAUGUGAUGAUAUAACGACUCUCGGCUCUGUGUCUAACUAUGGAGGCUCCGUGUCUACCUCUGAAGGCAACGGCAAGCUACCAGUCACUUUGCUAAGUGGCUUUCUGGGAGCGGGCAAAACGACGUUGCUGACUCAUGUUCUGAACAACCGUGAAGGCAUCAGAGUUGCCGUUCUGGUGAAUGAUAUGGCAUCUGUGAACAUUGAUGCACAGCUAUUACAGGACCAUGUUCAGCUUAGUGAAAGUAAGGAUAAGAUGGUCGAGCUCCACAACGGCUGCAUCUGUUGUACAUUGCGUGAAGACUUGAUCGAGAGCGUUCGUGCCUUGGCCCUGGAAGGGCGCUUUGACUACCUUCUCAUCGAGAGCACAGGCAUCUCGGAACCGAUGCCGGUCGCCGCCACCUUUGCAGCGACCGACGCCAUGGGAGUUCCGAUGCUUGGAGGUGUAGCGGAGCUGGAUACACUGGUGACGGUGAUCGACUGCCUGAAUUUCCUGAAAGAUUACCACUGCAGGGACAAGGCUGUGGAUCGAGAUGAGCUGGGAGCUGAAGCGACUGACCAGCGAAGCAUAGUAGAUUUGCUGGUUGACCAGGUUGAGAUUGCUAAUGUGCUGGUCCUCAACAAAACAGACCUGGUAUCUGCCAAAGAGCUUGAGUGCCUGAAGAGAAUCUUCCACAAGCUGAACCCGAGUGCGCGCUUGAUAGAGAGUCAAUUUGGGGCGGUGAAGCCCCAGCUUCUGAUAAACACGCGGAGCUUCGAUCUGCAGACUGCCAGCCUGCUGCCAGGAUGGGUGGCUGAGUUGCAAGGCCGCGGGAGUCAGCACACGCCAGAGACUGAAGAGUACGGCAUCUCCAGCUUCAUCUACCGCAGGAUGUGCCCUUUCCACCCGGAUCGCUUGGAGGGCCUGGUGGGUGGCGCUUUCCCCGGGGUGCUCCGAUCUAAAGGCUUUGCGUGGUGCGCCAGCCAGCACGACACCUCCCUGGAAUGGAGCCAGGCGGGCGCAGUGAUGAGCCUCACCGAGGGCUAUGCCUGGCGACAGCUUCAGCUGCCAGUGAUAGGUGAGGCAGGGAAGGAGGUUGACUAUUACAGUGGCAGGCGACAAGAGCUUGUUUUCAUCGGCGCCCACAUGCAGGAGAAUGAGAUCCGGCAAGCCCUUGACAAGGCCUUGGUGACCGAUGAGGAGUUCGCAUUGGGCCCCUCCAAGUGGUCUUCUUGGAAGAAGCUGGUGACACCAAAUCAUCAACAUCACGGACAUUCUUCCUGCGAAGAGGGCUGCCAGCCCGAGAUUGAAGAGUGGUCCGAUAUGAUGCUUGACUGGUUUCCCGAACUCGUCGAUCCGGAGAUCCUGGCGCGUCCGGACGUGGCGAUCAGCAAGCUCAGUGACCAGGAGCUGAAGGCAGCCCUGUCGGUACGCGGCAUCGAGUUCGGAAAGGACGAGGAGCGGCAAGCGCUUGAAGAGAUGUUGCGACCGCAUUGGUGACCAUCAACCUUUCCCACCCAACAGAAACUAGCCAUGGGCCAGGCACUAGCGAGAUUUUGGUGAGCACAUCAGCACAUUGUGCGACUGCAGGCUCAAUUCUCGUAAUUGCGGAGGGGUUUUGUUUCAGUAAUUCAUUACGCAACUGCAUUGUGCUUCAGAAGCAGGCUGCUAACCAGUGCUGGCUUUGUAUCUUGCUUUUGGCUACAUGCUGCAAGAAAAUGUGGCGUGAACACAGCAAUGAUCAGAGCCCACGUCAAUUUCAAUGCCGGGCAAACAGUUUUAUAGUCCAUAUUUGCAGAAGGCAACUUUGAUGAUUUGUUUGUGACUGCCUGUGGAGCUGGAA